GGCCUUCCAUGAGUGCGAACCAGCAGCUUGCAGUGCCCUGAUCUGCCGGUGAGAUAUGUUGCUGUCGGUUCGUCUGUGAUGUCACAGUUGUGUGUGCUUCUGGACUCGACUGAAGAAGAUGGCGGCCUCCUCAGGAGUUAAAGUUCCACGUAAUUUUCGCUUGUUGGAGGAGCUUGAAGAAGGGCAGAAGGGCGAAGGCGAUGGCACAGUCAGCUGGGGCCUCGAGGAUGACGAAGACAUGACUCUCACACGGUGGACAGGCAUGAUCAUUGGACCAGCAAGAACCAAUUAUGAGAACAGGAUAUACAGCCUGAAAGUGGAAUGUGGAUCUAGAUACCCAGAGGCGUCCCCAACUGUUAGAUUUGUAACUAAAAUUAGCAUGAAUGGGGUAAACAAUUCAAACGGGUUGGUGGAUUCACGUAGCAUACCAGUUUUAGCAAAAUGGCAGAAUUCUUAUAGCAUAAAAAUUGUUCUUCAAGAGUUAAGACGUCUAAUGAUGUCCAAAGAAAAUAUGAAGCUUCCACAACCGCCAGAAGGACAAACCUACAGCACUUAAUCGUAAUGGAUUGUUUUUGACCCUCUGUCUUAAACCUACUCUUAGAAAAAUCGUGUAAAACCAUCAAGAGGCUCACUUCAGUCAUCAACAAUGUUCUCUACAAGACCAAGAUUGGACUUUCUUAUUCGAUAUCUCAUUCAAAAAGAAAAUGUCCCUGCAGUCAAGCACUGAAUAGAUAGUUAAGACUACAAGACCACAGUUUUCUGCCUUCAAUAAACUUACUUUGACAAUGA